CCCCCCCCACCCCCCGCGCCCUUCUGGGCAGCAGAAAGCCCGAAGGAAAAAGGCCUGAGGAAGAGCUGCUCUCCCCUCGGCGGGAUUUAUGUGUGGAUCAGAGCAAGAUGGAUCGCUAUCGAUACUUCGUCUUUAACCAGCGGAACAUGGUGGUGCUGGGUCUGUUCCAGAUAGCCUUCAGCACCGUCUGCGUCGUCAGCGGGUUCAUAGAUGGCGUUUUCAGAACGGAGUCUGAGCUGGGCAAAACCAGAGCUCCCAUUUGGGCUGGGAUGGUGAUGGGAGUCCCAGGAAUCCUGGCUCUGUUUUCCUCUCAGAGGAAGAAUCCAGUUCUUGUGCAUGUGUUGAUAGUUGCUUCCAUACUCUCUUGUGUUGCCAUCCUCGUCGUAAUAGUUUAUAGCUCCCUCACACUGAACUAUGGUGAAGAGGAGGAGCUGAGUUCUGCCCCAGUCCACGUUAUCCAUACAAAGUUCAUACUUAAUAAAGUAGUCAAGGGUGCUAACAUAGCCAUGCUAGCUGCCUCUAUCUGCAGUGCUUUCGUUGUGCUGGUGAUGGCUUACUUGGGAUGCCGGAGCCUUCCACGCUGCUCGUGCUACGACAGUGUAACUGGGAUGGAAUGGUUGCAGCCUAGCGAGGACCAAAGUCAGGCUGUGGAAAUGGUUUGCGCUGUACAAAGCCCUGGGGGUAGAAUUUUUAACUUCCCAGAUCGGUUUCCAGCCCGGGACGUAGAUGCAGAGGAAGACGCAUCCAAACCUCCACCAUAUAUCAGAAUGACUUGAAAAAGUGGUCAAAUGUUUUAAAGCUACUAGUCUAAAAAUGUGGCAAGACAGAUGUAAGAUGUUCUUUGUCUUUAAAGAUGGUUACGCACUUUUCCUUGCCCUUUUGAAAAACACAGAAAGAGAGGACUGUUGAAUGCCUGACGUUCAGCAAAGAUCACAGUUCAGAGGGGAAGAUCUGAAGAUGGUUUUGGACAUUCAGACUUUGUAUAGUUAAAAUACCUCAUUGCCUCUGGAAAGCGUGGGCAUUUUUUCCUCCAGCUUUUGUUCUUAAAUUGUGUUUUAUUCCACUAGAAUUCAUUGUGCAAUUUGUCUAGCAGUGCUGGCCUGAGGCAUUCAAAUAUUAAAUACAAUUA